AACAAUGGACACGGAAUCUUCUCAAAAACCGAAUCUCCGAUUAGAAAGAAUUCUUCUUAGAUACGAGAAGUUCGUUGUGGAUAUCAACAAUUGAUUAGAUUCUAAUUCAUCGCGAGAUCAAAAAGAUGGUGCUUUCGCAAAAGCUUCAUGAAGCAUUUAAAGGCACGGUGGAGAGGAUCACAGGUCCUCGUACGAUAUCGGCGUUCAAGGAGAAGGGAGUACUCAGCGUCAGCGAGUUCGUACUCGCCGGCGAUAAUCUCGUCUCCAAGUGCCCUACCUGGUCCUGGGAAUCUGGUGACCCAAGCAAAAGGAAGCCGUACUUGCCAUCCGACAAACAGUUUUUGAUUACUAGAAAUGUACCUUGUCUACGGAGAGCUGCAUCUGUGGCAGAGGAAUAUGAAGCUGCUGGAGGUGAAGUGUUGGUUGAUGAUGAAGAUAACGAUGGUUGGCUGGCGACACAUGGGAAACCGAAAGAUAAAGGCAAAGAAGAUGAAAACUUGCCAUCCAUGGAUGCCUUGGAAAUAAAUGAGAAGAAUGCUAUACAAUCAAUACCUACGUAUUUUGGAGGUGAGGAGGAGGAAGAAGAUAUUCCAGACAUGGAAGAGUUUGAUGAAGCUGACAAUGUGGUAGAAAAUGAUCCGGCAACUCUUCAGUCAACUUAUCUUGUGGCUCAUGAACCUGAUGAUGAUAACAUUCUCCGCACUCGAACAUAUGAUGUCAGCAUAACGUAUGAUAAGUAUUACCAAACUCCUCGUGUUUGGCUAACCGGUUAUGAUGAGUCAAGGAUGCUGCUGCAACCUGAACUUGUAAUGGAAGAUGUAAGCCAAGACCAUGCUCGUAAAACGGUCACAAUUGAAGAUCAUCCACACUUGCCUGGGAAACAUGCUUCAGUCCAUCCAUGUCGACAUGGAGCUGUUAUGAAGAAAAUCAUUGAUGUAUUAAUGUCGCGCGGAGUAGAACCUGAAGUUGACAAGUACCUCUUCCUGUUCUUGAAGUUCAUGGCAUCAGUUAUUCCAACAAUCGAGUAUGAUUACACAAUGGACUUUGAUCUCGGUAGCUCAAGCACAUAAUACCAGAUUUUAUACAAACAUGUGCUCGUGAAUCCAAGAAGGCAAGAAGCAAUCACACUGGUCUCAUGGAUGGCUUGGUGGCUCUGCACUGUACAUAAAACAGGGUCACCUCUUUCUUUUCUGUUUAAAAGAAACUGUAAGGUGUUGUGUUUUAAUCACUUGUUCAUUUGAUGUUUACGCCAGUGAAUAGUAAUUUGUGACGAUACUCAGAAAACGAGUAUUUGAUCAGUCGCUGUAGUUUAAAAAACAAAAUUUGGGAAUGUACCUCUGUUCGUAUAAUUAAUCUAGUGUGUUUGAUACA